CCUCGGGCCAAACAUCAAUUACAGAAUCUGAUGGAUGGAUUGGAGUUAUACAAUACUGUGGGCCACAAAUACUGCUGUUUUAUGCACCCACGGCCUAUAAAAGAGGCUUUGCACUGGAUUCUGAAACCGCCCUCACUACAUGGCACCACUUCACAAUGUCAAGCUGUUGGAGGUUUCUAGAGUCUCUCCUCCGCCCAGCUCCAUCACCGACGCCUCUCUCCCUAUCACCUUAUUCGAUGUUGUUUGGCUACAAUUGCCUCCGGUCCAACGCCUCUUCUUCUACCAAUUCCCACAAAACCCAGAUAACACCAUCACCACAACCCACUUUAUAAACACUCUCCUUCCCAAAUUGAAACACUCCCUUUCCCUCUCUCUCCGUCUCUUCUUCCCUCUCGCUGGUAAUCUGACCCGCUCUCCCAACAAUGGCGAGCACGAGAUUCGCUAUGUCAAUGGCGACUCAGUCUCAUUCACCGUCGCGGAGUCAGACGCUGAUUUCCACCUACUCAUGGCGAAUCACCCAAGAGAUGUAAUGGAAUUACAUCCACUCGUUCCUCAGUUACCCGUUUCUGACCCUCAAAACCAACCCCUGCUAGCUUUGCAAGUCACCAUAUUUCCUGACUCGGGCAUCUGUAUCGGAACUUGUAUACACCACGCGGUGGCAGAUGGGAGCAGCUCCAUGCAUUUCAUGAAAUCUUGGGCGUCAAUUUGCCAGUCCGGAGACGAGUCUUUAAUCAGGUCGAGGCCGUUCUACGACAGGUCGGUGGCUGCAUAUCUCGACGGACUCAAGAGACUAAUGUUAUACCAGAUUGCUAAUUUCAAACGCGACCCGGUCUCAGAUAGCUUGAAGGCUCGAGCAACCCCAUUUCUAGCCACGUUCAUCAUCGGUCGAGCAGACAUCGAGACGCUAAGGCGACGGAUCUUAGCCCGACGGUGCGACGCCAGCCAGAAACCGAUACAUUGCUCAUCGUUCGUGCUAACAUGCGCAUACGUGUGGGUUUGCUUGAUCAGGUCACGUGGAGAUGACGUCAGGGACAAAAACGUCCAUUUCUACUUUCCGGUGGACUGCCGGGCUCGGCUGGUACCGCCGAUACCCGCUACGUAUUUCGGGAACUGUAUCGGUUGUUGUAUAUGCCAUGCGAAGGGGAACGACUUAGCGACGGAAGAAGGGGUGGGAGCCGCGUCGGAGGCCAUCGGGAGAACAAUCCAAGCGUUGGAUGGCGGGGUCUUGAAUGGCGUGGAGACUUGGAUACCGGAAUUUGUUUCUACGGCAGCUUCAGGGGAGCGGAUCGUAACGGUUGCUGGGUCGCCCAAGUUUCGGGUCUAUGAUACGGAUUUCGGGUGGGGAAGGCCUGUAAAGGUGGAAGUGUUUUCGAUUCAAGAAGCAGGCGCUAUAUCGGUUGCGGAUACUAGAGAUGAAGAGGGAGGAAUCGAAGUUGGGGUGUCGCUGCCAAAAGGCGAAAUGGACCGAUUUGCUUCUCUGUUUGUGGAAGGUCUGAAGAAUCUCCGUAGCUGAGGUCGAAAUCAACGGUCCAGAUCCGUCCUUAAGGCUUAGUAUUUGGGAUUUUAGGUUAUUCGAAAUAAUACUAGAGGAUGGACGGUUCUGAUUCUGGUA